AAAAUUUCCAAAACAAAUAAAAAACCCAAAAAAAAAACAAAAAAAAAAAUGUACAAAACCCGCCGUUUGACUCCUGGUUGAAGGCGUGCUGGGCAAGGCCAAAACCCUCGCCCAAUUCUCUUCUGAGCUCCACUGGCUUCAAAAGCCGAGAUGUGGAGAUCCACAGCUCGAGCUCGCAUUCUCAGCAGAUCAAUCCGACCAUACUUUUCUACAAACCCAACCCUAGCUAUAUUCUCAUCUUCGCCAUCGCGAUCCAAAUCGCCAAUCCGCUUCAUCCCCACCUUCCUGAACAAGUUCUUUUCCUCCGUCAAUGAAUGCUCGGCGGAAGAGGACGAAGCAUCUCAUCGAACCCAAGGUUUUGUUAAAAAUUUUGACUUUGUCUCCCAAGAAGCCGGGGUUUCUUCGAUUGAGCUAGGGGUAUCAAACGCUUCCCCAAUUGCAUCUGUACUGGGGGGCUUUGAGAAUGAGGUCGGAGAAGGACACGAACUGAAUACCUUGUGGGAGGAAAGCAUCGGUGGCGAUGCUACCCUGGACUCAGAGGAAAUCGCAGAAGAAGUCCCAGCUGAGGUUCCUGAUAUUAAUAACGAUCAACUUGAGAGCGUUUUAUCCAUUCUCCAAAGCACUUUACCUCAAGAUAUUGGAUCAAGCUUGGAUAGGCUUGAAGAACUGAGCCUGAGUGAGGAGUUUGUGGUGAGAGUGUUUCAGGAUGCGCACGUUUCCGGUGAGAAUUUGGUUUCUUUCUUCAGAUGGGCUAUCAGAAAAGAAGGACAUGCGAAAUAUUCGAGGGCGUUAGGCUACCUUGUCAGUACGAUCAGCGCCUCUGAUGAUAUCAGCAAGAUGGAAGCCUACAUGUUGUGGGAUUUGAUUAAGGAGUUGGGCGAAUUGGAGUGGAAUGUAAAUACUGAUAUGCUUAAUCAGCUAAUAUCUAUUUUCUGGAAGUUGGGUAAGGCCAAAGCUGCUCUGGAUGUUUUCAACAAGUUUGAUGAGUUUGGUUGUGCUCCUGAUGGAUAUACGUUUUACUUUACAAUAGAAGCUCUUGGGAAGAAGUCCAUGAUUGAUACAGCCUGGUCUGUUUGUGAAAAGAUGCUUAAUUCCGGAAGCCUACCUGAUGUUGAAAAGAUUUGUAAGAUCAUAACCUUCUUCUGCAAGGGCAAAAAGGCAAAAGAGGCCCAUUUAGUUUUUCUGCUAGCUAAGGAGAACAACAUCCUUCCUGGACGAGAUACUUUAAGUUUUUUAGUCGCUGGUCUAUGUAGAAACGAUGAAUCUGUUCGCAUUGCAAUGGAGUUAUUGGAGGACUAUCCACAAGAGUUACUUAAGCAUGAGAAUAAGACCUUUUCCUUAGUUGUGAAGAGUCUGGUAAGGAUAAAAGAUGCGGAAGCUGCGAAGUCAUUACUCUUAAGAAUGGUUGAUUCUGGUCCGCCUCCUGGAAGUGCAGCAUUUAACUACGUUAUCACAGGGCUUUGCAAAGAAGGGGAGGUGGUUGAUGCAAUUGCUCUGACUAGGGUUAUGGAAUGUAGAGGUCUCAGACCUGAUGUAUAUACUUACAGUGUCAUCAUGAGUGGUUUUGCAAAGGCUGGUCUAAUGGACGAGGCUUUUAAGAUCUUCUGUGAAGCUAAAAAGAAGCAUAAAAUAUUGACACCAGUAUUAUAUCACAUACUUAUUCGAGGUUAUUGUAGGAUAGAGGAAUAUGAAAAAGCACUUGAAUGCUUGAAGGAUAUGAAGGAACACGGAGUACAGCCUAAUGCUGAUGAAUACAGUAAAUUGAUAAGGACUCUCUGCCUCAAGGCUAUUGAUUGGCGUACAGCCGAGAAACUCUCGGAGGAGAUGAAAGAGAGGGGUUUGUGCCUCAGAGGGGAAACCAGUAGUCUUAUAGCUGCUGUUAAGAUGCUAGAAGAGGAAAUAGCACCAGAUGAAUCUAAAAUUGAAGCUUAGCCAAUGGUUGAAGCUGGGAAGAAGUGUGGUAGUUUUUCUCUUUUUUUUUUUUAAUUCAGCUGUAACAAUUAGUUGAAAUUUUUAUUUUUAUUUAUCUCCACCAGAAUCUGUCUAAUGUUGUGGAAACACUUUUAACUGAAAAUUUUGAAUUACAAUCAAGUCUAUGGUCUUCCCAUGUUUUUUUUUUU